AUGGUUUCGCUGUUCUGUCAAAGUUCACGUUCAAUUUACGAAACAAAUAACCUAACCUCGAUACUUUUACGUGUCCGCGUGUUUAUUUUAUAGUUAUUUAAAUUCUGAUAAUAUUUGUAUAGUGUGGAUAAUAAUUAGAAAGUUCGCAAAAUGGGUAAAGUUCGCUCAGCACCGGGAGCGCCCCGGAAACAGGGGUUCAAUAAAUCUGGACAUUCUAUGAAUCCAGACCGUCCUACAGAAGGUUUAAAAGGAGUUGGUAAACCAAGAACAAAAGCAACGAUUAAAAGGCUGCAGAUGUAUCGUAAUUUUAAGGCUAAAAGAGACAAGACUGGGAAAAUCCUAACCCCCGCACCAUUUCAAGGUUGGUUACCGUCUGGUACACAGGCUAGGGUAGAACCAAACCAGAAGUGGUUUGGCAAUUCCAGAGUUAUUUCUCAGAAUGCUCUUCAAAAAUUUCAAGAUGAAUUUGGAGCUGCUGUCAAAAAUCCAUAUAAGGUUGUCAUGAAGCCCACAAACUUGCCUAUCACAUUGCUGAAUGAGAAAGCUAAACAUGCCCGGGUCCAUCUUUUAGAUACUGAAGGUUUUGACAAAACAUUUGGCCCUAAAAAACAAAGAAAGCGUGUGAAUCUUAAAUUUAGUGAUAUAGAAAAUUUUUCUAAAGCAGCUGAAGUAAGUAGUGAAAAAUAUGACGAAAGUAAAGAUAUUGAUCUAGUCCGUGAAGACACUGGUGUUAGAGAGGGACAGAGGGAUUGGGUGUUUGGUGCCGGAAUGAGUAAAAGAAUCUGGAAUGAAUUGUACAAAGUAGUGGAUUCAUCUGACAUUCUUCUACAAGUCCUUGAUGCUCGUGAUCCUAUGGGUACAAGAAGUCCUUAUGUUGAGAAGUUUUUAAAAGAAGAAAAGCCACACAAACACCUGAUUUUUAUAUUAAAUAAAGUAGAUUUAGUUCCCAAUUGGGUAACACAGAGAUGGGUUGCUAUACUAAGUGCGGAAUACCCAACAAUAGCUUUCCAUGCUUCAAUGACCCAUCCAUUUGGUAAAGGAUCACUUAUAAAUUUGUUACGUCAGUUUGCCAAACUGCAUAUUGAUAAGAAACAAAUCAGUGUUGGUUUAAUUGGGUACCCCAAUGUUGGAAAAUCAUCAGUUAUUAAUACUUUAAGAGCUAAAAAAGUUUGUAAAGUUGCUCCAAUUGCAGGAGAAACAAAGGUUUGGCAAUAUAUUACUCUGAUGCGAAGAAUAUUCUUGAUUGAUUGUCCGGGUAUUGUUUAUCCUUCAGCCGAAACAGACACAGAAAAAGUUUUAAAAGGUGUUGUAAGAGUGGAAUUGGUACAGAAUCCAGAAGAUUAUAUUGAAGAGGUGAUAAAGAGAGUACGAAGAGAUUAUUUAAUUAAAACAUAUAAAGUAGAUGGAUGGGAAACUUCAACCGAAUUCUUGGAAAAGCUUGCGGCAAGAACAGGAAAAUUACUCAAAAAAGGUGAACCUGACAUUUCACAGGUAGCUAAGAUGGUACUCAAUGAUUGGCAAAGAGGUAAGUUACCUUUUUAUGUAGCACCUGAGGGCUUUGAAGUGCCACUGUCUAAACAGGUUGAAAAGGAAACUGAUGUUCAAGAUGAAGAGAAACAGACUCAAGUCCAGGAAAGUGAGGACAAGGGUGAAAAUGACACCAAAGAGGCUGCAGAAAUAUCUGAACAACCUAAAUUGAUAAUCAACAAGUUGGUAAUAGCACAAGACUUUGCUAAAAUAAGAGUAGGCUUACCAUUCGAUAAUGAACAAGAUGUUAAACCAUUACAAGAAAUAGAAAUUCCUGAGGAGUUGAAAGGUAUUGAUGAUGGAGAAAAUGAUGAUAAAUCAUUAAAUGAAUCCCAAACUGUAGAUGAGAAUGAUAAAAAUGAAGAAGAAAAUGAUUCUGACUCAGAUAUUAGUAACUUUUAUAGUAAUGAUGAAAAGGAUUGCAGUGAUGUGGAAGAUUAUUUGACAAACAAUCCUGAAACUGUAAAAGAAUUGAAAAGAAAAAGGUUGGAAGUGGCCAGUGGCACUUUCACUGUAGAAGAAGUUCCGCACAAGAUAGCAAAGGUUAAAGCCUCUGGUGUUGGAAAUAAAUUGACGGCUAAACAAAGGAGAGCUUUGGAGAGAGCCCAGCGCAGGACUAAAACCGGAAGCAACUUCUAUGAAGUGUCUAAUAUGUCAUCUGGCAGUGAAAGUGAUGAGGAUUAUGUCCCAAAAGAACCUGAUCAACUUUCGGAAGAAGAAUCGGCGGAUGACGAAACUGAGGCACAAUAUGAAAAUGAAGUAGAACAAAAGACAAAGAAAAGAAAAGCAGUACAAAGAAACACUAAAAAGAAGAAGAAGAUUGCCAAUGACGAUAAAGAGGAGUCUAAAGAAAAAGAAAUAAUACAAGAAGAGACAAAACCAGAGGAAGAAAAAAAACGAGAAGAUGAUCUUUGGGCUAUGUUUUUAGAAGGAACUGAUACAAAACCUAAAUCUACUAACAAUAAAACUGAAACUCAACCAACAAAAGUGAUAACAAAAUGUGAUGAUACUUUACCAAGUAAAAAUACAAAAACCUCUACAGAAAGUGACAAAGAAAAAGAAAGGAGAAUUUUCGAAUUUGCAGGAGAAACAAUUGUCGUUGAAAAUAAUGUCAUUAAAGAAAAAAUCAAAACAACUGAGAGUUCUCCAUCAGUGAGUAAAACUAUUCCUUCCCGAAGUCGCGGAGGAGGUGGUCUAUCAAAUGUUCUGGGACAAUUAAAUAAGAAAAAUAAACUUUCAACACUUGAAAAGUCUAAGCUCGAUUGGGACACAUUUAAAAAGGAAGAGGACAUUGAAGCAGAAAUACAAAGUCAUAAUAAGGGAAAACAAGGAUAUUUGGAGAGACAAGAUUUUCUCGCCCGCGCAGACGAACGUCAGUACGAGAUCGAGAGAGAUCUAAGAUUAAGCAAACGGAGUAACCGAUAAUUUGACCAAUUGAUUUUCCGUAAAAAUAUUUGUCUGGAAAUAAAAUUGUACUAGCUUUUUA